CAUUUCAUCAUUCCAAACACCAAACAAACACCAUUUUUCAUAAACUAGCCACAUCUAAUUGUCGAGAGAGUUAAUUUCUUAACUUUCAAAAAAAUGGCUAAGUUUGCUAUACCCUCCAUUGCUCUUCUUCUCACAUUGAACAUUCUUUUCUUCACUAUGGUUAGUUCCACUUAUGUCCCAUGCCCACCACCCCCACACUCCAAACCCCCCCACCCUACCCCUACCCCUACCCCCUCCACCCCCUCUACCCCAUCAUCAAAAGGAAAGUGCCCAAAGGACACAUUAAAGCUAAAAGUUUGUGCCAAUUUGUUAAAUGACUUAGUGCACCUUGUUAUUGGAAGUAGUCCAGCCAAGACUAAAUGUUGCUCUUUAAUUAAAGGACUUGCUGACCUUGAUGCUGCUGUUUGCCUUUGCACUGCUAUUAAAGGCAAUGUGUUGGGAAUUAAUCUCAAUGUUCCACUUUCACUCAGCUUAUUACUCAACAAUUGUGGCAAAUAUGUCCCUAAGGACUUCCAAUGUGCUUAAUUUAUUAUUAAGCUAGCCAAAUUUCUUCAUAAAUAGUAUUUUGUUUCAGUGUGUGUUUGGUGUUUUGUAUGCUUAUAUAUAGUCGUUUAUUUUCGAAGGAGUUACUAUAUGUAGUUUAUUUUGAUUGGUUAGAAGGAAGGCUAUACUUGUUGCCUUUCUUUUUGUUGUAUGAUCUCAUUUUCAUCAUGAGUAAUAAAUGAAAUAUAUUUGUGGAGUUUAUAUAUAUCAUA